UCAUCCCACACAAAUAGUGAAUGUCUCCUUACCGUCCUCGAGAUCCUGCGGCGCAGGCAGAUGACAAUAGAUAAGGUGGUGCGUGUCAUGAAAACCCCCUUGAUGCCCGGCCCCACUACCUUUUGCAGUUUAUGUAUUUUGCUGACAAUCUCCUCCUCUGACUCCUCCACGGCAGCUGACGCGGUACGCACAGAUCCAGCAUCCUUUGUGUGUGUCCACGUUUUGUGUACCCGUGGUGGGUGAAGGUUCAGUGGUGACGAUGGGCGGUGGAAUGGAAGUCACCGUAUCUUCCGCCUUCUCCUUUUCGGCCUUGGCCUCCUUCAGCUCCUGCACGACGCAACACGUCACAAGUCACCAAGGCAUUCCCAGCAUGUGGCUGGAUUCCUGUCUACCUCUUCCAGCUUGGCGAUUUUGGCUUUCUGCUCGCCCUCCUUCUUGCCCUCCUCUGCUGCUGAUACACACACGGGCCAACAACAGAUGGAUGAGUGUGUGUCCGUUUCCUUAUCCUUCCGCUCUCCUCACCUGGUGGCACCGAUGUGAACUGAGGAGGAGGGGUUGUAACCGGCUCGAUGAUCGCCGCUGUGGUGAUGGGUGUCGUUGCUCCCGUUUCCGCAUCGGGGGCAAGGGCCGCUGUGGUGGGAUCAUCUGCCUCAGCCUGAAGAACACACACGAGAGCCAUACCGAGGAAGCGUCAGAUACUCGUCAUUUCUUGCCCCCGGUGCGCCAGUAUUGAUGGGCGAAGGAGGCGUAGAAGUGGAAGGACCCUGGCCAGACUCUGAGCAGAUGCAAAAGUCACCACAAAGUCCUGAGGACGUCCUUCCUCUUGCCUACUUGCGAUGAGGGCUGCCUGCAUUGGGCCGGGUGCAAAUGUGGUUGACCACUCUCCUUCAGGGGGCGGUGGCGACGGUGAGAGCGAUGACCACGGGUCACCCGUCGGGUCAUCCCCGUGCCGGGACCCUGCAUAUUGAAUGGCAUGAUCUGAUCUGCCUUGUGGCCUCUGAUUAAUGCGCUCACUGGCGAUAAGGACGGCCUUCUUGUUGUGCGUGACGCGUUGUUUGCCGACGGCUUUUCGGUUCUUGUGCUGGUGGCGAUGGUGGCCUUCUUCCACAGAUGACGCGAAAGCCGCUCCGCUGACAAGGGCGGUGACGGUGAAAAGGAAGAGGCUGAUAAAGCAGAUCAUGGCUGGC